AUGGCGACUGGCCGAAUCAAUGUAGCUCCAAUGGCGCCAUUUGAUCCUAUGUCCGAUCCAAACUCUCUCAGUCAGCGCUGGAAAAAGUGGAAACGACGAUUUGAAACAUAUCUUGUUGCUCUGAAUGUGACUGAAAAGAAACAAAAAAAGCGGGCUCUCUUGUUGUACCAAACUGGCCAAGAGACUCAGGAUAUUUUUGAUACCCUUGUUGACAUCGGCGAAGACGACGACUAUGAUUCCGCUAUCGCUGCCCUCGAUACGUAUUUUUCACCUAAAAAACAUGUCGAUUUUGAAAUUUUUAAGUUUCGUGAAGCCAAACAACAACCACAUGAAACAAUCGAUCAGUUUUCAACUCGUCUUAGGAAGCUGGCGGCAACCUGUGACUUCGAAAAUAUCGACAAGGAA